AUGGAAAGCAGCCAGCUUGAGAGGAUCCAAGUUUGGGAGCGAUCCAGGGUGAGAGGAGAAGAGACCACCCGGAGAGGCAGUCAGGCGAGGGAAGAGGAAAAACGUGUGCAAGUGGAGAGGGAAAGAAGGUCAGCUCAGCAAGAAACAACAAGGAGGCUCAUGCCAAAGAAAGCUCAAGCAAAUUUGCACAUGAGGGGAGUGCAACCAGAAGGGGUGGUGAGCCAGCAAGAGAGACCUCGAGGCCCACAGGAGCACAAUGGGUCACCCCUGAGCAGAGAGGCAGAGCCAUUGGGGAAGUCUGUGAGCUACCUGGAGGUACAUCUCAGGAUCCGGGACUACCAGCACACCUGUAAGAAGCAGCUCUUCCACCUCAUUGCCUGUUUCUUUCGCUUCAUAUCUGGCAACCUGUCAUCUGAAGACAGUGGUGAUAGUGAGUUAGAGCUUUCAGCCAUCCGGCAUCAGCCAGAAGGGCUAGACCAACUCCAAGCGCUGACCAAAUUCACCAAGAAAGAACUGCAGUCCCUCUACAGAGGCUUCAAGAAUGAAUGCCCGAGUGGCUUGGUGGAUGAGGACACUUUCAAGCUCAUCUAUUCACAGUUCUUCCCCCAAGGAGAUGCCACCAUGUAUGCUCAUUUCCUGUUCAACGCCUUCGAUGUGGACCGGAAUGGAGCCAUCCGCUUUGAGGAUUUUGUCAUCGACCUCUCCAUCCUGUUGCGUGGGACAGUGCAUGAGAAGCUCAACUGGGCGUUCAAUCUCUAUGACAUCAACAAAGACGGCUACAUCACCAAGGAGGAAAUGUUGGCAAUAAUGAAGUCCAUAUACGACAUGAUGGGCCGCUACACCUACCCAAUCUUGAGGGAAGAUGCUCCUAUUCAGCACGUGGAGAAAUUCUUCCAGAAAAUGGACAAAAAUCAGGACGGCGUGGUCACAAUCGAGGAGUUCCUAGAAACUUGUCAAAAGGAUGAGAACAUCAUGAGCUCCAUGCAGCUAUUUGAGAAUGUCAUUUAGGAGGCUGCCAAUCCAACCUCGUCUCUCCCGGCCCACGUGAUUUCUCCUGGCCUGCACUUGGAUGGGUCCGUCCAUCUUUCUCGUGAAGCACACACACAUCUUUCUGAGAAAACAAAAACUUUUUUAUAUUGAAAGGGGGGGAAAGACAAAAAUGGGGGAAAGAUGUCAUUUGCUUGCAAGACUUGCUGGAGCAGGAGAGAGAAAGAGGGAGAUCUGAAUGGAGCAAAUUGGCCUGCAGGGGAUUCUCUGGCAAGGCAGAAAAAGUCACAAAGUCAAACAGUAUCAGUCAGCAAAUGGAGAGCCUGGUGAGAAAGGGAUCUCCUUUGUGAGAGUAAGUGAAGCUGGCCAUUGAUUAAGCUCUAGCUCUUAGCAGAUUUUUAUUUGGAGAAGAGGAA